AUGGAAUAUGCUGGGGACCUUGAAGACCAACUCUCGGAUGAAGAGAUCUGUGACAAUGGAGAGGAGGAGGAGGAUGGUGGGGAAGAUGAAGGAGGGAAAAUUGGAGAAGAAGAAGAGUUAGAAGAAGGGGAGAUAAGAGAGAUUGAGUCACCGUGGGCUUUACUCCCAGAUGUAUGUCUUCGGCUCAUUUUCUUUUGGCUGCGCGACCGGGAUCGAGUCCGAGCUGCAUUAGUGUGUAGACAAUGGCACCGAGUGGUCCAUUCGCCUUCCCUUUGGCGCCAACGCACCUUCAACUUCACCGGUCGCUUUUCCCGGAUCCGACGCUCGGAACUGGAAACCGCUGUGUCGUAUGUGAGGGCAUACGGCAGGUACCUGGAGGAUCUUGAGAUUCGCUUUUCUCAUCCCACUAACUCCAUGGUUUCUAGAAGGUUCCAGCAAACCUUAAGGACAUUCCUCGCCGCCCUGCGAAAAACCAGAAGUCGCCUGCGGACCCUCACUGUACAUCACAUGGAACUGGAUCGCACCAUCUGGUGUCGCAGUGUUCGUAACGCCCUGGUACGCAGCCUCACCUUCUACCUGCGAAGAGAAGGCUCUCGACUCCACUACCUGAGCCUCAGAGGGGCCCGUUUCAAUCUGGCUCAGGGCCUUGAGGUGCUCCAGGCUGUGGCCAAGGCCCAACAGCACAUCUAUAUGUUACGACGCACAGGCCUGGUCAUUCUUAACUUGGAGGACUUCUUCUCUCAACCACUUGCAGUCUACAACAGUCCAGAUUUCGCUACUGUUAUGCGCCUCUUCAGAGGCCUCACCUCAAUCACCCUCAAUUACAGGUGCUUGUCGGACGAGUUACUGGACGCCCUGGCAAUGUCGUGCGUCGACCUGAGCGGGAGAAGGGGGUCGCUUCGUUCUUUCACAGUGCACUGCCACAGCCAGGAACCCCAUGCCCAGGUGAUCUGGGGGGAUGCUUGGGCCCGUCUUGCGGGGCGCUGCCCGGAGCUCCGGGUGCACAUCACCGUGGAGGGAAUUCUCGGACCGGACCGACUGAGUCGGAUUUUGCUCAGGGAGAUUCCGGUGAGCAGUCUGAGCCUCACCAGCUGCUACUUUAGCGAGCACGACUGGAGCGCCAAACCAGCGCUCACCCAUGUGGUUCCAUCAUAUAGUAACUGUUUACAGAAGCUGACCCUGGACAUGAAUAACAGUCAUGAGUCCCUGGAUGAGGAACUGUUAGAGUUGGUCUUGAUGUGCAGCAAGCUGAUCUACCUGAAGGUCUGGGCCUUCUUAGACUUCAGUUUCCUCCACAGACUGCUGCAGAAACGACUAGACAAGAAAUGUAUUCUCAAGACCAUUAAAAUCCGGAUUUACAUUAGCAAGCAUGAGACCCAAGAGGAGGAUGAGAUGCUGGAGGACCUGUAUUCACGCUACAGACAGCUCAUAGAGUCAGAGCUCAGCUACUUUGUCACCACCUACCCCAUGCUCUGA